AUGCCCGAGGGCUGGGAGGAUAAUGCCGACUACUCGCAGAUCACCGCCUUCUCGCAACUGCCCCAUCGCUUCUUUGGCACCAACCAGCACAUCAAGAUCAAUGAAGAUUUCAAGGAGGCUAUGCGUCAGAUCUUGUGGCAGUUCCGUGCCCCCAUCAGAUACGCUUUCGCAUAUGGCAGUGGUGUCUUCACGCAAUCCACUAACCAGUCGGCGGCCAGCGUAGCCCAAUCCUUUUCCCCUCACCCUCAUCCGCCAGAGGCUGUUACAAAAUGGCAAGAAGGAGGAGGCAAGAUCAUCGACUUUAUCUUUGGUGUUUCUCACACCGAACAUUGGCAUUCGACAAACAUGCGCCAGAACCCUCACCACUACAGUUUCCUAAAGAGCUUGGGUUCUUGGACCGUUUCAAAAGUUCAGGAUAGCAUCGGUGCCGGAGUCUACUUCAAUCCUUACAUUACGGUCAACGGUGUCAUGAUCAAGUACGGUGUAGUCAACAUUGACACGAUCUGCAAGGAUUUAAGCGAAUGGAAUACUCUGUAUCUGGCCGGACGUCUACAGAAGCCUGUCAAGAUCCUCAGGGACGAUCCAAGAGUAAGACUCGCAAACCAAAUCAACCUCAUGUCUGCCGUCCGCACCGCGCUUCUCAUGUUGCCCGAGAAUUUCACCGAAAGACAACUCUACACAACCAUUGCAGGCAUCUCUUACAUGGGUGAUCCUAGAAUGAACCCUCGAUUCGGCGGUGAGAACCCUCGCAAGGUCGCCAACAUCGUCGACGCUCAACUACCUAGCUUCCGUCAACUCUAUGUCCCACUGAUCGAGAAUCUGCCAAACGUCGAUUUCAACGACUCGGGUGUUCCCAAAGAGCACGGUUGGGAGACGGAGGCGGCCAUCGCCAAUGCUCUCUCAUCUUCUGGAAGGGCAGUCCCCGCCGAGGACAUCAUUGGAGGCUUAAAUGGUUUCAAGCUGCAACAGGACAUGGACCCAAAGCGUCGUGGAAACAUGGUUCGACGUCUACCCAAGGGCUUCCGCCAAAAGCUCUACUGGAAUUACCAAAAGAAGUUCCAGAUUCCUGGUUCUGCAUUCGACAAAGUCAUAGAGGAAGCAACAGACGAGGACUCGAUGAGCAUCAGGCGUCGCGAGGGAGGAGACUUCGAACGUCGCAUUGGUACUCAAGAUGACAUUCCCGAGGCUGUUGGAGACUGUAUCAAGAAGACCAUCAGCUGGCCGAGUACAAGUCAAUCAUUGAAGGGUGUUCUCACUGGCGGGCCAACUCGCUCCUGGAAGUACCUCCAGGAGAAGCGCCAAAAGAGCAAGUUAGGCAAAGCACAAAAGGAGGGCGAGAAGGAACCUAAGAAGAAGGAAGAGUAA